AUGGCGUGGCACAAGGUAGGGAAAAGAAAUUUCAAGAACUUGACGUCUAAAUGGGACGUUUCUCCGGUAGGUUCAAGGCUUUCGGAAGCGAAGCGGAAUGCUUUGACCUCUAUUUUCUUCUCAGAAAUACCGGAAAGAAUAACUUCCUCUGAGAUUUUUGAACUAUUCGGUUGUGUUGGUGAUAUUAUAGAAGUUGUUAUAUCACCAAGAAGGAACAAGUUUGGAAAGAGAUUUGGUUUCGCCAGAUUCGAAAAUGUUGAGGAUGGAAGAGUUUUAGCCGUGAAGCUCGACAACAUUUUAAUUGAUGGGAGGAAGAUUCACGCUAACCUACCUCGUUUCUCUAGAAGCUUUCAGUCGAGGGGCUCUUUUGGAGUCGAGAAAGCGGUUGGGGAGGCGGGGAAAAGGAGUGGAGGCGUUCCCCAAAAGCACAACGACGGAAGCACGAUGAGGUUCUCGAGUUUUAGGAACAAGGAGGGAAGUAGAUCCUUCGUGGAUGCUGUCAAAGGAGGCAAAUAUCAUUGCUAUCUUAGUUACAACUCGACUGAAGAAAACUUAGAAAGAUUCAAAAGAGCUUUCGUGGGUGUGAUAGUUAAUCCGGGCAUGUCUUACAAUAUUCAAACGAGUUUUGAGGUGGAGGGAUACUUUUCAAUCAAGGUCACACCUUUAGGUGCUAACCUGUGUCUUUUAGAGGAUAUUGAUGAUGGUGCGGUUCGUGACUUGAUUGAGGAAGGUAGAAGCUGGUGGUCUCAGUGGUUCUCAGAGAUUAGAGAAUGGAGGGAGGAUGACGUUGACAGAGAAAGAGCAACUUGGUUGAGAGUUUACGGGAUUCCAUGCCAUGCAUGGAAUUUCGAGUUUUUUGAGAUGAUCGCGAAGACCGUUGGUACUUAUGUCUGUGUAGAUGAUAAUACUCAGAAGGGGGAACAUAUGGAUAUUGCUAGGAUUUUGGUAAAGACUCCAUGCAUGAUUGCUCUAAACGAAUCCUUUAGUGUUUGCAUCAAUGGAACUGUUUUUAAGAUCAAGAUUUCUGAAGAUUCUUAUGGUCCCAUGCGUAUCAACUUGUUUCAGAAGGGUAAGAAGAUUGAGGAUCCUUCAUCUUCAUCCGAAUCGGAUUUUGGAUGGGGCGCAUCCGAGUUUGAAUGUGGAGAAGGUGGGGAGGCUUUUUCAGCUUCAAAAGUUGCGGAAUCGAAAGAGGCGACAGUUAUGGACAACAGGGGGUUAGAUGUGGUGCUCGAGGAUUUUCAGGGCGAGGUGACUAAAGGGAAAAGUGUGUCAGAUAGAAAGCUUGUUAAAGGAGAUAUUUGUUUUGAUUCAGCAGUAAAGGUAGCCAGGGAGGUGUCUGCAAGCGGGUCAAUCAAUAGUGGGGCCAAUCUGUGUUGUCCUGGUCUUAAGGAGAAGACUGAUGUUUAUUCAGUGGAUACUUUUUUCAAAGAAAAUAAACGUGUGGAUUAUAAACCUUUGGUCAAACCUAAGACUAAUAAGAUGGGCGUAGUUAAGACUCUGUGUGGGCUUAAGGUUGGGAAAAAGAUAAGGCCCAAAAAAAGGUCUCUUUUGAAAGUGGAUGUUGGACCGGUUUCUGGCGGAAAUGAGGGCCCAGACCCAAGUUUGAAGCUAGACAUUGCGAAGAGGUUAUCACAGCUUUCUGAAUCUCCUAUUCUCUCUCCGACAUCUAGCAAUAGCGUGAAUAACAGCUUCUCGGCGGGUAACAUUCUAUGUUGCGAUCAAGUUUCAGAUUCAGACAUGAUACAGGGCAAUUCCAGAUUUUGGGAUCAUUUACAUUCAAAUGUAGGAGAGAAAUUGGGUGAUCUCAUCUCAAAGUUAGGGGUGAUGGAUGGCGAUGGUAACAACGAUUUUAGACAGAAGGUUGCGGAAUUGGAACUUGGAGAUAGUAAGAAGAAGUUUGGUGCGAAGGUGAUCGUUAAUCUGGACCCAUGA